AUGAUUACCUGGAACACCUUGGUACCCAGAUAUCCAUUAGAGUCCAAGUUGAAGUUUUCGGCAGAUAAAAUCGAUACUAUGAUUGUACAGGCGCAAUGCUUUUUGAAUGAUUUGGAUAAGGAACUAAACAACUACAUGAUGAGAGCACGUGCAUGGUACGGAUGACAUUUCCCCGAAUUGGGUAAGAUUAUAACUGAUAAAAUUGCCUUCGCUAAGACAAUUAAACUGGGCGAUACUAGAGUCAAUAUGGCGACGACUGAUUUGUCAGACAUUUUACCCGAAGAAGUUGAGGAGAAAUUAAAGGAAGCUGCUGAAAUUUCCAUGGGUACUGAAAUCUCUGAAGAAGAUAUGAAUAUUCAAUGUUUGUGUGAUGAAAUUUUAUCCAUUAAUGAUUACCGAACACAUUUGUAUGACUACCUCAAGACUCGUAUGAUGGCCAUGGCACCAAACCUAACAGUUUUGGUUGGAGAAACAGUUGGAGCGCGGCUAAUAGCACAUGCUGGCUUCUUGAUAAAUCUCGCCAAACAUCCCUCAUCUACUGUACAAAUUCUCGGUGCUGAAAAGGCUUUGUUCCGUGCGCUAAAGACCAAGAAAGACACACCUAAGUAUGGUUUAAUCUUCUUGGAUUCCUUAGAAUCCAACACAACUGAACUUUAG